GGGUCCUCUGGAUUUCUGCUCUAUGACCUUCGUGGCAUUGCCACCCCUCCAUUUCAUCUUUUCAACUCAGAACGUGGCUUCCCCUUAUAUCAAACCAAACCCACCAUUUUCUUCUCCACUCUCCACAACGGUUGCGCCCCAUUUCCCCUGAAUUGAAAAAAAAGGAAGAGAAGUUUGCAGUUUGCAGCGGCCAUAAAGCUCAUCCUGCUUUUCCAUGUGCGAACUUGAUUCUAUUUAUUUAUUUAUUUACUCUCUCUCUCUCUCUUUCCACUAUUGACCUUUUUCUAGUGGCCUAUUUCUUCCUUUGCUUCCUCCCACCGAAUAUAUGCUCAACUUUCAAGGACUGGAGGGAUAUCAGAAGGAGGGAUUUUUGUGUUUUGGGAACAGCAUAAGACUAAGGAGAUUUGGGACAGUUUUCAGCUUCAAAUUAUAACAGUCAAUCCUCAUAUUUACCUUAAAAGGAUUUGAUUAUGGAGGACGAGAGGGAAGAUGAAAGUUCCUUGACCUUGCAUGUUAUGUCUUGAAGAAAUAUGUGAUUUGGAUAGAGAGGGAGAGGUCAGUAGUGCAGUUUUUCUAUUUAAUCAAGUCUGGUUGUAAAGGAUAGGGAUUUUCCAGCUAUUCAUGAACCUUAAUUCAUUGGAGAUAGAAUAUGGAACAAACAUCGUUCGAUGAUCGGAAAGAUCAACAAGGAAAAAUUAGUUCUUUCUGUGACAGAAACAAGGAUGGGGAGAUGUUAGAAAAUGGUGAUUUGGGUCUGUCAAAGUCAGUAUCAAGAGGAUUGAAUAAGAGGGUAAUGCUGCCUCGUGCAUUAUAUUUGAAGUUGAAGCAACAUCGAAUCAGUAAAAACUACGUUCACGAUUCAUUUUUUAAUUGUAGUAUAGGGUUAGAUUGUAAGGUUCCGAAGUAUAUGGUGACGAUAGACGAGAAAUACCUUCGACGUUGCUUGGAAUUGAUUCAAAUUAGUUCAUCAAAGCCUGCUCGAUGCAACAUAUCUAUAAACUUGAGCUCUGCGAAGAUUGGUGCUUUGUCUGCAAGCUUGAGUACUAUGUCUAAAUUAAGAACAAGAGGGAUGCGUGAUUUGGAACGGUUUGUUGUCACGUGCCCUUCGCACGAGGAUGGCAACAUGGUCGUAAGCUCAAGCAAAUUGUGGUAUGUAGGUUCGAUAAUGGAGAGCCAGAGCAUGAUCAACAUAUUGAAGAGUCCUUUAUUGCAUCAAUUUGGUAUCACAGACAGCACUUCAAACUUCAUAAGAAUGGACUUGAAUGAUAUAAAGGGCUUCACAGGCAGUGGUUUUACGGACUCUUCGGGUGGUGUGGAUAUAUCUUCGUUGAAGAAACUAGAAAACGCGAAACCAACAAAGGAAAGCCAUCAAGAUGGAUCUGAUACAGCCAAUGAGAGGUUUUUCUUUACACCUAGCAGAACUUCUUUAUGUUCUGACCAGUCUUCUUCGGGAUCAGCUUCUGCACCGCUGUGUCAGGGUAUGCUUCAGUUUACAUGGAAGGAAGGAAGUCCUCACUUCAUCUUCUCGGUGGACGAUGAGAAGGAAGUCUAUGUGGCUAGCUCAUCGAAGGUUGCAUCAGCAGAUAAUAAGGCCUUGGACUAUGUUUAUUUCUUCCAUUCCCAGAAGAGCAGUCUAAAGGAUCAUGAAACGAGACAUAGCAGACCCGGUAUUGUUGGUAAGAUGACGGUGUCGACUUCUUAUAGUGUCUGUCAAAAUAAUUCAAGAAUUGCGGAUACUGAAUUUGUGUUGUUUGGUGGUAUUGAAAAUUCUGACUUAGAGAUUAACACUUCAAACAAUAUCCUUAAGAAGAAUAAGGUCUUCCCAAGAAAGGUGGCUGAAGUAUUUAGGACAAGUAACUCAUCUAAACAUAGAAGCACGCCCAAUUCCAAUAGAUCAGGUGUCAUAAAGAAUUCUUGUCCUUGGGAACCAUACUCGGAUAAACUCAACAACGUUGACGACUUAAUUUGUGCUCGUGACCUUCCCCCCAAUCUCGAGUUGGCUGCUGUCAUUGUGAGAGACCAUCUCCCCGAAGAUCGUGGCAGUAGAGGUGGAGGUUGGGGUUUAAAGUUCCUCAAACAGAUCGAGUCCAAACAAACAAGUGAUUCACCAAAAACCUCAGUGCAGGCCGACUGUUGUUUGCGAAGCAGCGGAAAAUGUUCGACAAGCAUGGAUAUUCUUAUCCCUGCUGGUCUUCAUGGCGGGCCUAGAACAAAAAAUGGGGGUCCUUCCAGCCUCACAGAACGGUGGCGAUCGGGUGGACUAUGUGAUUGUGGUGGUUGGGACAUCGGAUGUCCUAUAACAGUACUUCAAGGCCAAUCGGAGAACCAAGAUACUCCGCCCCAAGCAGAUAUGCAAGAAUGCAGGGCAUUUAACAUACAUGCUAAGGGUUCUGAGCAUGGUCCUCCAACCUUGAGGAUGGUGAACAUCCGCGACAGCUUGUACUUUGUUCAUUUUCAACCGAAGCUAUCGCCUCUGCAAUCUUUCUCGAUUGCAGUGGCGAUCGUCCAUUCGCGAAGUCCCACUCUCAGACCCAGAAAUGUACAGGAGAUAAAAUAGGCAAGAUUGAGGAAGUAAGUUUGAUGAUAACAGUUGAACUUUUCUUACUCCAUAGCACAAACCGAUAGGCAAUGUUGAGCUUUUACUGUGUUUACACAUGAAAAAUUAGUAGUGUAGCUGAUUUGUAAUUUGUCUUUUAGACUGUGAAAGAAACUCCAUAGCUUGUUCCAUUUUUGACCCCUACAAGCUUCUGAUAAAGCAUUUGUAUGAAACCCAUAAACAUAAACAAAGAAAGAUCGAAGUUGCUUCGAUCUGAUUUUGUGUUA